AUGGAUUGCAAGCGGCUUCUCCUGCUUGGACUGUGCAUCUCCUCCGUUCAUAGCCGGCACAUCUGCCACCUGACCAACAGCACCAUCUCCGCGGAGAAGGACAAUUGCCCCUUCUGUGUCGUCCUGACCACCACCGUGUGUAGUGGCUAUUGCCUGACCAAGGAGUCCGUGUACAAGAGCCCGCUCCUGUCGGUGUACCAGCACGUGUGCACUUACAGGGAGAUGCGGUACGAGACCAUCAAGUUACCGGGCUGCCCCGAGGGCGUGGACCCCACCUACACCUACCCCGUGGCGGUCAGCUGCGAAUGUAACCUCUGCCGGCUGGAUUACACCGACUGCUCCCGGCAGAGCAUCGAGCCCGACUUCUGCAGUGCCAAGAGGCUGCUGUUGUGAGCCGCCCGCCGGCCUCCCCCGUUGCUACUCUCUCUCCUAGGGCUAGAAAUUCUGAUGUCAAGGCAAGUCCAUGUCAGGGACGCUGGCACCCGGCGGCUGUAAUCCCGUGUACCACCUCGUCCUGCACCUCCGAUGACAUGCCUCUAAACAAAAUAGUUCGCUCCAGUACUUUAUAGCAAAGAAACUAUUUUGUAGAUGGGGCGUGUGCAGACUGGACGCUGCGGCAGGACUGAGGAAGGAGGAAUAGCAGAGGGAGGUGGGAUUAUCUCACUAGUUCUGCUGGUCACUAGUUAUUAACUUCUGUCACCUCUUUCACUCAGUCGGGUGCUGGAAGGGAGAAAACAGUAUAGAGAGACAGCUCUGGAUUCUAGUUCCUUGCCUGCAAGUUCCAGAAAACGCAUUAAAAUAGUUUGUACGUUUAACAAAACUAUUCGGUCACUCAGCACUCACGUGGACUUUAUUUGUUCUGUGAUCUUUAUUGUGAAAAUUGUGUAUGAUUGGUUUCAAUUUGUAUUGUGAA